AUGAUGUCGGUGGACGAGCAAAUCAAACUCUCCAACUUCUCCAGCAUCUUUUCCCUCGAGGGCAAGGUCGCCGUCGUAACAGGCGGUUCUCGGGGACUAGGACUUCAUGCGGCAUCAGGUCUUCUACAAGCCGGGUGCUCCAAAGUUUACAUCACCUCCCGCAAGAAGGCAGCCUGUGACGAAGCAGUCGCAGCUCUCAAUGCCAUCCCCAACAAGCGGCCCGGUGCGCAAGCUAUCUCUGUACCAGCUGAUAGCUCAGAUAUGAAAGAGCUAGACCGACUUGUGGCUCAGGUGGCCGAGACCACAGACCGGGUUGAUAUUCUCUUUGCCAACGCUGGCGCUAUGUGGAUGGAGAAGUUUGAUACCCAUCCCGAGAAGAUGUUCUCUAAGGUGAUGGAUUUGAAUGUAAAGAGUGUGUUCUACACGGUCCAGAAAUUCACCCCUCUCCUCACAGCAAAGGCAACCAGAACGGACCCAUCCCGUGUCAUUAUCACCGCCUCUGUGGCAGGCAUUGAGGUUGGCACAGUUGGUGAAAGCGCCAUACCAUCUUACUCCGCUUCCAAGGCGGCUGUUAUCCAUCUGGCGAAGAACUUGGCUGUUGAGCUUGGGCCACGAAAUGUCUUGACCAACACUAUUGCGCCAGGAUUCUACCCCUCGAAGAUGUCUAGUGAACUUAUCGAGUCACAAGGCGGCAUGAAGCAGCUCGAGGAGUGCUCACCGAAUGGUCGGCUUGGCAAACCUGAGGAUAUCGCUGGUUUGGUUGUCUUUCUCGGGUCUAGGGCGUCCAGUCAUUUGAAUGGAGCGGAGAUCUCGGGUACAGGCGCCGGUCACUUCUGGGCCAAGGCGGAUGUUCUCCACACCUCUCCCGCAUUCAAAGCCACCUUUCCCCACCUCCAUAUAUUUCCCAUUGCCAUGUCCAACAUGGCCUCCCAGGAGCCCCGAUAUGUGGCAGUGGCCCAGCGCAAGCAAGCUGAGCUUGCUGCAGCCAUUCCGACCGAAUGGCGGCUACCCACACACGUUUUCUCUGAGGGGAUGCUCUCAAUUUCCGAGUCGAUUACCGCUGGCCCAACAAGUUACCGAGAAAGAGCAGCCAUCGCUCACCAACUCACCCGAUAUUUAACUGAGCCCCUCUUCGACCGCGCCUUGCAACAAGCCCGGGAGCUGGACGACCACCUGCAGCGCACGGGUACACCGAUCGGCCCCUUGCAUGGACUCCCAGUUUCAGUAAAGGACACAUUUAAUAUUAUGGGUGUGGACUUUAGCAUCGGAUUGUCUGCCCUGGCAUUCAACCCCGCAGAAGCAAAUGCCCCGCUGGUAGACCUGCUGCAGUCUCUAGGCGCUGUAGUGAUUGCGAAAACAAACAUACCACAAACGCUCGCAACGUUAGACAGUUGCAACCAUCUCUUCGGACGCACGUUAAACCCUCUCAACCGUAUAUGGACUGCUGGCGGAAGCACUGGCGGGGAGGGCGCGUUGAUCGCCAUGAGCGGGUCCAUGAUCGGCUUUGGCACAGAUAUUGGCGGUAGCAUCCGUAUACCGGCCAUGUGCCAAGGUAUCUAUAGCUUCAAGCCAAGUAAUGGACGCGUGCCAUUUGGAGAUCAACAGAGAGGCCAGAUUGAAGGCAAGGGCCGGAUAGGGCUGCAAGCAGUAGCUGGUCCGUUAGCUCGCUCUGUUGCGGAUAUCAACGCCAUCAUGGCGGAGAUUGUCCCUCGCGCAGAGCUAUUCGGCGAAGAUUGCAUUCCCGGCGCAUGGUUGGCACCAUCAGUUCCGCUUUCUCUUGCUCCAUCAUGCAACUUCACUAUCGGUGUUCUCAAAACGGAUGGUCUCGUCACACCUCUACCCCCGAUCACCCGGAUCUUGACCGAAGUCGCGAACAGCCUCCGCCGUAUACCCGGCGUUGAUGUCGUUGAGAGUCCACUUCCACCGGUCCUACCUAAAUGCCAGGCGCUUGCUGGCCGGCUCAUGGGCGUCGAUGAUGGGUCCCACAUGCUUGACCUUAUCGAGAGCAUGGACGAUGACCUCAUUCCGUGGCUGCAGGGCCGAAUGAAGCGCGGCAAGGCCUUGACGGUAGUUCAAAUGGCGGCGCUGCAGGCUCGGCGGGCCGAAAUUGAGAAGGGGAUGAUGAAGAUAUGGGCGUUGUCCUCACCCCGUUCAGCCGGUGCCCGACGCGUCGACGCCAUUAUUUGCCCUGUGGCGCCACACCCGGUCCCAGAGAUCGACCGCUACAAUGCCGUUGGGUACACCUCGACCUUUGUGCUGCUAGACUACCCGGCUGGCUCGGUUCCUGUCCGCUCAUUUACAGAAUCCGAUCUUGAGAUUGGCCGGGAGAUGGAGGCACCUGUGUUGGGAAGCUGGGAUAAGGCUAAUCGUCAGCUUUGGGAUGAGAAAACGAUUGACCGUCGGGUCUACCUUGGGUCACCUCUCAGUGUGCAGGUCGUCACCCCCAAGCAGCACGAUUACCAGCUCUUCCGGGCAAUGGAGAUUGUUGAUCGGGCUGUGCAGGGCGGGAGCUCGACCAGUGCGAAGUUAUAG